AGGAGGAAACAAAUAAACCAACAGCAAGCCGAACACAACAACAACAUUCCGGUGCAAAAUGGCUCUCAACUGUGGACAUUCGACGAUAAAGUAUCUACUUUUCAUCUUUAACCUGCUGUGCUCGCUCUGCGGCAUUGCACUGAUCGUGAUCGGUGCCGUUUCGCUGGUAAAACUCGAGGAACUGCGUGAAAUUAGCGAUGAGUACAACAUUGUCGCCCCAUCCAUCCUGCUGAUCGUGUUCGGUUCGAUCGUGUUUGUCAUCUCGUUCUUCGGCUGCUGUGGUGCGAUCCGCGAAUCGUAUUGCAUGACCUCGACCUAUAGCUUCUUCCUGAUUCUGCUCGUGAUUGCCCAGAUCGUGAUCGCUGUGCUGGUGUUUGUGUUCGUCGGCGAUGUGACCACCGCCAUCAAGAAGGGCUUCGAGCGCGUGUUUGAAAACCGCGACAAUCCGGUGAAUGCCGAUCUGGUUAACUCGAUUCAGCAGAACCUGGAAUGCUGUGGCAAGCGUAGCUUCCUGGACUAUGGUGUCAACUUCCCGCAGUCGUGCUGCAGCACCGGUGGAACUGCACCGCUCUGCGUUCCGUUCGCUAGUGGCUGCUUGAGCCGACUGUCCGAGUUCCUGGACAGUGCCGGAAACAUUGUUGCCUGGGUGUCGCUCGGUGUUGCCGCCGUCGAGCUGGUCGGCCUCAUCUCGGCCUGCUGUCUGGCUAACGCCAUCCGCAACCAGCAGAGAAGAUACAGCUAAAAAGUGUUCGCUACUGCUACUACUACCACCACUACUACU